AUGGGAUUAUCGAAGAUAACAGCGCCUGGGGUCACAACCGAUGACUCAUUUCAUACGAAGAAAGGACGGCCAGAUAUCAGAUUUCUGAUCUCGGACCUCAUCUCGGGCUGUAGCUCAGAGGAACGGGUGGUCAUCGGUGGAUGCGGCCCAAUCGAGAUGAUUGAUGCGUUGAGGCAGGUUAUACGGAAGAGAAAAAUAUCUGGCCCAUCGGUCACAUUGCAUACAGAGAACGGUCGAAGAUACCAUGCGUACCGCGAAGGCGAGUAUGCUCUGGUAUGUUCUGUCCCCUGGGUACUUGAUGUCGGGUUAGACAGUCUAACACAUGACCGGAUGGACCUACUCCACCAUAUCUAUAACUUGAUUCUUGAUGGAGAAAUCCACAUUGCCCCGAUCAAAGACCCACAAAGAGUCUUGGAUAUUGGUACGGGCACAGGAAUCUGGGCUGUCGAUUUUGCGGAUCAAUAUCAGUCCUCCGAAGUGAUCGGCAAUGACCUUAGCCCUAUACAGCCAAAAUGGGUUCCUCCAAACUGUCAAUUUGAAAUCGAUGAUUUUGAAUCGGAAUGGUCGUACGCUCAUCCAUUCGAUUACAUCCAUGGUCGGGAGCUUGCUGGGUCCAUACACGACUUCCCUCGCCUAUGCAAACAAGCCUUCUAUCAUCUGCGUCCAGGUGGGUUUUUCGAGAUACAAAGCUUUACUGUCGAUAUUUUUUCCGACGACGGCUCGAUCGAAAAGGCACCUUACACAAAACAGGUCGUUUCUCUUGUCCAAGAGGCGAGUGCCAAGUUUGGCAAACCUAUGGACAAUUUGGAUACAUGGCCCGCCGCGAUGAAAGAGGCCGGGUUCACAGAUGUAGUCUGCAAGAUUGUGAAAGCACCUUCGAGUCCAUGGGCCAAGGAUCCAAAGCAAAAGGAGAUUGGCCGAUUUUUCCAGGCUCACCAAGUUCAUAGCGUUCCUGCAUAUACCAAUGUUUUGCUAUCCAGGGUUCUAGGUUGGAACAAAACGGAGAUUGACAUCUUGAAUAUGCACGUGCUGCGGGAGUCGAAGAAUCUGGAAGUGCACCAAUAUGGGAAAUUGUACCUUAUAUACGGGCGAAAAGCAUUGUAG